AUGAGUCUGGCGUGGUUGGCGCUGGUGGCGCUGGUGGGGGCGGUGACCACGGUGCGGGGGCAGCGCUGCGUGCCGCUGUCGCAGCCCUACCUGCGCUGGUGGCGUUGCCAGUGCGCCACGCAAGACGGCAGCGCCAUCUUCACGACCACGCACGCGCUCAACGAUCUGCGCGCCUGGUCCACCAAGGUGGAGGUUGCCCCUGGCGUGUGCAGCAUCAGGGAGGCCCUGAUGCUGUGGGACACUGUGAAUGGUCGCUAUCGCUCACCGCCGUUCUACGCACCGCUUCCCCGACGCCCUGCGGCGAGUACAGCCGUGGAGUCGCACGCGCUGCGCCUGGGCUACGCGCGCUUCGGCGCCAGCCUGUACAAGCUGCACUCGGAGGCUCUGGACUGGGAGGGGGCGCGCAGGGCGUGCGCCAGCGAGGGCGCCCACCUGGCCGUCGUCCACUCCAGCUACGAGGCCUCCGUUCUCCAGCGGCUGUUCGGGGCGCGCCUGCUCUACAAGGACUCGCCGCGCGCCGACUUCGCCUUCAUCGGAUUCCACGACCAGUUUAACGAGGGCCAGUACCUCACAAUUUACGGAGAACCUCUGUACACGCUGGAUUACUCUCGCUGGUGGUCGAAGGGUCCGGACAACGUGGGCCAGAAUUUCAUGGGAAAUCCAGGGGAAGACUGUGGGGCCAUUCACAGGGACGGCGGACUCAAUGAUCUCCCGUGUGGCCAGAAAAAUGCAUUCUUCUGUGAAGUGGAAACCAGCGAGUAUCUAUCACCUGCUGGCAUCGACUACAGCGCUGGAGCAUACGUUGGGGUCGAGGCCGUAGCGAAACCACUUCCUGGACGAGUUCAGCGGAAAAGACCUGGGCCGGGUUACGAGUUGUUCCCAGGAGUGGGUUUCUACAAGCUCCAUACUACAACGGAUACGUGGGAAAAUGCACGUCGCAAGUGCGAAGCAGAAGGCGGCCACUUAGCCAUCAUCAAUUCUGAAAUGGAAGCUUCAACGCUGCAGGCCAUAUUCAAGAGGCAUCCUGUCAUACAUGACACAGUAUGGAAUGACUUCGCACUGGUUGGAUUCCACGAUCAGUUUAAUGAGGGGCAGUAUGUCACUGUAUACGGUGAGCCAUUAUCAACUACAGGCUACCAUCGUUGGUGGUCUGUGAGCAGUCCUGACAACCUGGGCUAUAGCAGCGUAAGUGCAGGUGAAGACUGUGGUUCUGUUCAUCGCAAUGGUGGCUUGAAUGACAUUUCGUGCUACAUGAAACAUGCUUUUUUCUGUGAGCAGGAGUUGCUGGAAUAA